AUGGUCGCAGCCCAGGGCUUGCUGCAAACCCUACACUGUACUGCUACCCACUGGCUUGCAAGGCAGCUCAGCCAAUUGGUUGCAGACUUGAACAGCAUCAGUGCCAAGGAGGUUGGGGAGUUCGACGAGAAGCUGCGGCUGGACCCGUCGCUCUACCGUUUGCAGCACGAAGAUGGUGCUGAAGUUGGCCGCCACUUCGGGCUCAUGGUGGCCUCUAUCAAAAGCAAGGAGCGCGCUCAAGCAAAGAUCAACACGGACUACCAGCAGGACUUCGAGGCCGAGAAGAAGAAAGAACAGCCACUGGCGCGAUAUGUGUGUGACUUCCUGCGUGCCACUAUCUACGCAGCGGACCCAUUUGCGCUGGCCCUCGCCUUCCACGAGUUCCAGAAGCGCUUCAAGAUCGUGCGAGUGAAGAACAAGUUUGCGAACGAGAAGCUGAAAACGGAGGAGCGAACGAACAUUCUCGUCAACUUCUGGAUUGAGACAGCAGACAUGAAGCAGAUCGGUGAAGUGCAGUUCCUCAUGCAGGAGUACCUUACUGCGAAGUCCAUACAGCACAUGUACUACGAUGUGGCUCGGGCAAAGAGCGAGGACGAACUCUUCGACAAGCCGAUCUUUGCCUAA